CUCCCACCAGCUCAUUCACUUGGCUUGCACGGUCCCGACGGCGCAGGGAGAAGAGAAAGGCAGUCUGUGCGGGCAGACGGACCGAGAGCAGCGCAGAGGGCACUCCUGCACGCCCAGAGCAUCCCUCCCUCCCCGGGCUCCCACGGGCUAAGCGCGGGGGCUUCCAGCGGCGGCGGGGGAAGCGAGACUCCCCGGGUCUCCUGCGCGGGGCUAGACCGGCGGCCGCCCGCUCCGCGAGUCCCUCACAAGCGGGGCACUAAGUUUUCCGCUCUCUCCGUGCCAUGGAAAGGAUCACCAGCGCCCAGCCGCCCCCCGCCUGCCUGGGCAAAGUGCCGGGGCUGGAGCCCAGCGAGAUGGCCGGGGUGGAUUUUGCCCACAUGUACCAAGUGUACAAACCGAGGCGAGGGCUGAAAAGGAGCGAGGAUAGCAAGGAGACCUAUAAGCUGCCGCACCGGCUGAUCGAGAAGAAAAGACGUGACCGGAUUAACGAGUGCAUCGCCCAGCUGAAAGACCUUUUACCCGAACAUCUCAAACUUACUACUUUGGGCCACUUGGAGAAGGCUGUGGUUCUUGAGCUUACCUUGAAGCAUGUGAAAGCACUUACCAACCUGAUCGAACAGCAACAGCAGAAGAUCAUGGCCCUUCAGAGUGGCUUACAGGCCGGUGAGCUAUCCUCAAGAAACCUUGAUGCCGGCCAGGAGAUGUUCUGCUCUGGUUUCCAGAUGUGUGCCAGGGAGGUGCUGCAGUACCUGGCAAAGCACGAAAGUAGUCGGGAUCUGAAAUCUUCGGCUCUGGUCAGUCACCUCCACCGCAUGGUCUCCGAGGUGGUACAGGGUGGAGCUGUCCACAAGCCUGGUGAUCCCACCCCCAAAAUGAUGGACUUCAAAGAGAAGCCCAGCUCCCUGACCAAAGGCACUGAAGGGCACGGGAAGAAUUGUGUUCCAGUCAUCCAAAGGACUUUUGCCCAUUCGAGUGGCGAGCAGAGUGGAAGUGAUACAGACACAGACAGUGGUUACGGAGGGGAGUUGGAGAAAAGUGACUCUAAAGCUGACCAGCAGUAUUUUAAAAAUGAUAAUGAACAUAAAUACCCUCUGGGAGAAAGAGUAAGCACCAUUAAGCAAGAAUCCGAAGAUCCACCUGCAAAAAAGACCAGACUAGAAAUGUCUGACAGGGAAAGCCAUUUUAGCAGCGAUCUGAUCGGGUCUUCCUUUCUGGGCCCUCACCCUCACCAGCCUCCCUUCUGCCUGCCUUUUUAUUUGAUCCCGCCAUCCGCAACGGCCUAUCUUCCCAUGUUGGAGAAGUGCUGGUAUCCCACCUCGGUCCCAGUCUUGUACCCUGGGCUCCCCGCUUCAGCGACAGCUCUCACUGGCUUCAUGAACCCAGAGAAGAUUCCUCCUCCCUUGCUGAUGCCCCAGAGACUCCCUUCUCCACUGCCAUCCCAUUCCUCCAUCGACUCGGCUCUGCUCCAGGCUCUGAAGCAGAUCCCACCUUUAAACUUGGAAACCAAAGACUAACGAUAGUGUGACUGCCCUCUUUUAUUUUGCCCCUUGGGGGAAAAAAAUCUAAUGAGACUAAGCUUGCAUACCCAGAUAAAUGGAGGUGUGGAGAUUAGGCUUGGCGAGUGUGUUGUAUGUUUGUGUGUGUGUGUGUAUUUGUGUAUGUAUGUAUGAAUGGCUUAGAGUGCAUACGUGUAGGACAUGGAAGCCUCAUUUGGUUCAGAAAGCUUAGGGAAAACAUGAAGGAUGGACCCAGGUUAACAUAUUGUAGGGUUUGUGUUGUUUAGCAUCAUUUUGUUUGAAUAAAACCUCCCAGAUUUCAGCCACCCAGAAAAUAGCCAUUCAGGACUGUGACUUCUGUUGAGUUAUUUAGAUUUCAAUUUGGGGAGAGGGCUUCCGGGGAGGGUUUUUGUUUUUUGGUGAACUGGAAUAUGGUACUUUUCAUGUGAGGACUUGACAAAGCACAGCUCCCCACCAGGCCCACAGCUUGAGACGGACUUAUUCCACCCCACCCAUCUCCUAGUAUUUUCCGUGUGACUCACACAAAGGGCAGUCAGUCUGAGAACUGGUGUUUGUUCAGCUCCAUCCAAAAGCUCUAAAGUAGCCCCCACUGGCUUUGUCCCUGAGUGCUUCAGGGAGACUUAAGGUGGCUUUCUCUUCACACCUUGGCCUUGAAGGAGUACAGAGAGUAUAGUGACUGCUUAAGCUUUAUAUGGUAAUUAUCCAAUUAAGGGACUAAACUAUGUCCAGUUGGACAGCUAAAGAACGAAUGAGGGGUAGCCCUCCGGAUCUCUUUGGCUCCCGUUGUAACUGCUGCACAGGUGUCCAAGGUACAGGAGAGCAGAGAAACCCGAUUUUAAAAAGCUGCUUAAGUUACAAGAGGGUGUUUCAGUCUGCCAUGGCAUGAAUUGCUACUUUAAAAGAGCAAAUUUGAACAUAGUUGGGUUUUAUUUUUUUUUAUUUUUUUAUUUUUUUGAAACUUUUGCUAAGUCUUAGCCCUUCAACUGCCUGACCACCCUAGACUGGAUUGUUUCUGCAGUGAUAGUGCCCCUGUCUGAUGGCUUACAGCAACUGUCUUAACUAAAAAAAAAAAAAAAAAAGCAAAAAAAGCAAAAAACAAAAAAAAAUCUCCCUAGUUUUCCAAAAUAUUGUGUCCAGAGUAAUUGUCUUCUGAAUUGUCUGUCUACGACUGCACCAGCUAUUGAAUGCACUAUGCCUGAUUGUGUGUUUUAACUUCUUUUGGGGUAUAAAGUUAUUGCCUUUAUUUGUAAAACUGUUAUAAAUAUAUAUUAUAUAUAAAUAUAUUAAAAAGUAAAAUGUUUCAGAUGUUUAUUUGUAUAAUUACUUGAUCAAAACAAGUGAGAAACAUGAAUGUAUUUCUGUUUUCAAAGAGAAUAAUUUUCUCUAGAGAGAGGUACAGUGUUUAUAUUUUGGAGCCUCCUUGAAAGUGUAAAAUUGUAAAUAUUUUUAUCUAUGAGUAAAUGUUAAGUAGUCGUUUUAAAAUACUUAAUAAAAAUAAUCCUUUUCCUGUGGAAGAUAA